CGGCACGUGUGACGUCAGCGUGGGGAGACGAUACAAAACAGUCUGCGAAAGUACAGAUGCCUCAGUGGAGUGACAAGGAGUGUUUCAGCAACCCCCCCCCCCCCUGCGACAGGAGCCUGACAGUCAGCACGCAGGGAUAAAAGCCAAAAAAGCGGGACUGUUUACAGCAAGGGAGAAAAGGGUCCGCGCUGAAAGAGAGGCAUCCGCAGGGUUCUUGUGCGGCAGAGAGCUGGCACGUCCGUGGGCCGCUUUUUAAUAAGUGUAUUUCCUUUCUAAACCACGUGGACAAGUCGCCAGAGUUCAUGUGUGACAUAUACAGCCUGGACUCCCACUGCGUCUCUCCACAAUGCAACAUGAGUUGGGCGAUGGAGCCUGCUAACUUCUACGAGAGCGCCAAGCUGGGCGGCGCGCCGCAGGGGGUCUGCAAGCCGGGCGGCAGGAGCGACGGAGCGGGCGAGGACGGCACCAUGGUGGAGCUGAGCACCGCCCCCGCCAUGUACGACGACGAGAGCGCCAUCGACUUCAGCCAGUACAUCGAGUCGAUGACAGCCGUGCCCAACCUGGAGCUGUGCAACGACGAGCUCUUCCUCGACCUGUUCAACACUGUGAAGCAGGAGAAGGCGGACUUCUACAACAUGCAGGGCACCGUCCUGCCCGGCGGCAUGCAGCAGCUGUCGGCCACCUACACGGCGGAGAGGAAGGCGGACUGCGGGCUGGAGAAGGGGGCGUUCGGCGCGCCCAUCAAGCAGGAGUCCGACUGGAGUGACAGCGACAUGUCCUCGUCCCUGCCUUCCCAGAUCGAGAACUGCGCUCAGACCUCCGUCAGCCUGCCUACGGGACAACCGACUCCCCCGACAACCCCGGAGCCGGUCUCCUCCGUCAGCUCGGCCAAGUCCUCCCCGCGGAAGAUCGGGAGGGAGAAGGGGAAGAAGGCGGUGGACCGGCUCAGCGUGGAGUACCGACAGAGGCGAGAGAGGAAUAACAUUGCAGUGAGGAAAAGCAGGGAUAAAGCCAAGAGGCGCAACUUGGAGAUGCAGCAGAAGCUGAUUGAACUGAGCGCCGAAAACGACAGGCUUCACAAAACUAUCGAGCAGCUAACCAGAGAGCUCAGCGGCCUCAGAGAUUUCUUCAAGCAGAUACCCAACACCUCCUUUGCGGCUCUCUCGAGUGCAGAGAGCCGGUGACAGAUGAACUCUUCUAUGAACUAAGCUUUUAGGAGACAUACCUCAAGAGACAUUUUGUUUUUUACCAUCUGUACCAGAUGUAUUUUAAGCUUACCAUAAUGGCACUGGAAAAUAUAUGUUGUUGCUGCCAUA